GCGGGAAAUGGCGCCUGGUAACACAACGAUGUGUCAUUUCGGAGACGGACCUUGAGUAGAUGUAUACAGAAAAAGUCGCACCAGAUCAAGGAAAAAAACAACCACUGCCUCCGUUGUGAUGGUUAAUCGGUCUUGAGUCGUUAUCUCCAGAUACUGCGGAUCACCGUAAACCUUACAUGUGACUGCUCAAACAAUGAGGCUGAGAAUGCGUAAAGCGUCUCAGCAGCCGAACCCCAGUCUGGCCAGCCGCCCAUCCCGUACCAAGCGGCGGCAUUCAGAAGUAGAAGAGGACACUCCUACUAGCGGAGGGCGGGGCUUGUUCUCGACCAUCAAGAAGUUCAUCAGAGGAAAUGCUGUCAAGGUGCCGCAGGAGAGCCCAGCCAAGAAGACACGCCUCCACUGUGAUGUGGACAACAACCUGAUCACCUCCACCACCCCAAACACCAACACCCCUCGCAAGACUAUCAGCAGGGUUGGCAGGAGAGGCUCCCUCAAUGGACAAGCAACAAAUCAUGAUAGGAGCAAGGAGAAGCCCAAUGGCAGCCUGGAGGAGACGACGGCCGUCGAUGUGCCCACCAGCCCGCCCAGAACCACCCUUCUUGGGACCAUCUUCUCCCCUGUUUUCAACUUCUUCUCACCAGCUAAAAAUGCCUCUUCUGGUUCAGACUCUCCAGACCAGGCAUUGGAGGCUGAGGAGAUAGUCAAGCAGCUGGAAAUGGAGCAGCCUGUAGAGACGCCCACCAGCACAGCCACAUCCACACAGGAAAUGUGUGCCACCACUAACUUCUACUCUAGUGUAUCACAACUGCCACCUCUGCGACCUCCACACAUCCCUGAGGUGUCACCCGCAGUAGUGGAAGGAGGGCUUGAGGCUGAUCCUGAUCUGCCACCCCUCACAGCGCCAGGCUCCAGUCCAGAGAUGACAUAUGUGGACGCACCCCCCACCACAGUACCACCAGAGGCAUCCUAUGAGGAAGACUGGGAAGUGUUUGACCCGUAUUUCUUCAUCAAGCACGUCCCUCCUCUGACAGAAGAGCAGCUCACACGUAAGCCAGCCCUGCCACUGAAGACACGCAGCACACCUGAGUUCUCUCUGGUUCUGGACCUGGAUGAAACUUUGGUUCACUGCAGUUUAAAUGAGCUGGAGGAUGCAGCACUUACCUUCCCUGUCCUCUUUCAAGAUGUCAUUUACCAGGUGUAUGUACGCCUGAGGCCGUUCUUCAGAGAGUUUCUGGAACGUAUGUCUCAAAUCUAUGAGAUCAUCCUAUUUACAGCUUCCAAAAAGGUGUAUGCAGACAAACUCCUCAACAUCUUGGAUCCUAAAAAGCAGCUAGUGAGACACAGGUUGUUUCGUGAGCAUUGUGUUUGUGUCCAGGGAAACUACAUCAAAGACCUCAACAUCUUGGGCAGAGAUCUGUCAAAGACCAUCAUCAUCGACAAUUCACCGCAAGCCUUUGCAUAUCAGUUGUCCAAUGGGAUUCCCAUAGAGAGCUGGUUCAUGGACAAGAAUGACAAUGAGCUGCUGAAGCUGGUGCCCUUCCUGGAGAAGUUGGUUGAGAUGAACGAGGAUGUGCGGCCACACGUUCGAGAGAGGUUCCGACUUCACGACCUGUUGCCCCCAGAUUGAACUGGACUCUGUCUCUCAGAACGGGACAACAGGAAAAGACUGAAAACAACAUGCCUGUAAAAAGCCCCUCUUUGGAUUACAAACUACAACAUUGCCAUUACUGUUAAAGAUUUAGCCUUUUUUUCUCUUUCUUUUUGUUUUAGUUUUGUUUUUAAGUCCACCGUUGCUUUUUAAAAAAAAGAAAACUUCAAAAGAAAAACGUUUUUAAAUAUCUGGGCGAAAUUUUCUAAAUAUCUACUAUAUAAAGAUGAAAUCACACACACUAUGAACAAGCCCAGGUAAACUCCUCUUUUUGACUGACUCUCCAGCUGUGGAGACGGAUAUCGUCUCCACACUAAAUUGUGAAGUCUUGGUGCUGGUUUAGUGGAUAUACAAACGCCACCUGGUAAAGAGGAACUCCACUCCCCCGAGUACCUGAACCCAAACCAUCCCCCUGGUGCUCACGCUGUUGACACUGAUGAAUAACGACACUCUGUGGCUACAGACCAUUUUCAGCAGGAAUGACUGGCCUGUAAAUCCAUCUGUGCAUGUGUGUAUGUUUACUCCUAGCCACACACACACACAGACACACACUCACUGAUUUGGUGUUUGGUAAACCUACAAUCUGUAGCCUUUGAAUCAUAUGCAUUCCUCCGUAGCCUAGUCAAGUUUCUAUUGUUGGUUGCAGUUUCUUUCUGGUAAAACUGGUGUUUCAUUGUUAAAAAAAAAGGAAAAAAUAGAGCGUUUCAAAAUGUUUUACUUCUGUUUGUAAGAUAGGAUAUUUUAAAAGGGGUCAUGUAAGUUUUAUUGUAAGCCUUUUUCCUAUUAUGAGAACAUGGGUGCAUAUUAAUGACAGUCCACUGCAUAGUCAUGAAAUGGAAUUAAUCCAGGACUUUAAGUAUAGUUUGUUCUAACAAAUAGAGGUUUAAAUGGGUGUGUUGGCUUCACUGUGGACACAACACGGCUCCUUAAUCUAAUGUUAGGAUUAAGAAUCUUCUUACUUGUAAAUCUGACAUAUUGUAAAGGUUUGAGGGCAUUCAUUUUCAAAGUGACACGUGUCAACGUUAGCCAUUCUUUGAUAAUAGUAUUUGAUUUGUCAUUUGUCUCUAAUCAGUAUUGUCUUUUACUCCUAAUCAAGUAUUCUGGCUAAAUCAGAGCUCUGUUUCUUUUAGUUGUGUAAUUUGAUGGCUAUGUCAGUAGCAUUAUGACUAAUGUAGCACAUCUCUGCCAGUGUGUCAUGAAGUCUGCCCGUGGUAGAAAUUUAUGGCCAGACCUUGUACCAGCCAUAUCUGGCACCAGCAACAUACUGUUUUAACAGUCACAGUUCGACUGACUGCUCCUCUUCCUGUUUCAUACUUUUUACUUUAUAUUUUGUUUAUAUGUUUAAAGCAUUGUGUUAAAGAAUGGUAACUAUAUGAAUGUGUAUCUGCCCGGACACUCAAGCCAAACUGACAUUUAACUCCUCUGUUGUUUCAGCUUGAUUUGAGACAAAUAGUCGCCAGAAACGUAGAUGUUUUGUCGGCAUCAUUUACAAGACAGAAAGCUCAAUCAGCCAUACACUGCUGUCUUCUGUCAUCACCCCAACUCCUCAAGAGUUGACUUGAAUCUCUGUGAUAAUUUGGCAUGCGUCGUUGAACUCGGUUCGGUUUUAAAUCAAAAGUGCAUUUUAUGGUGAAGAUGUUAAAGCAAAUGUGUUUGGAUUUGUCUAGGUUGCCUGUACAGUGCCAUAUGAUUCCUCUCCCCACAAGUCCACUCCCACUCCCCUCCCUGCGCCCCCCCCCCCCCCCCCCCCAAAAAAAAAUGUUAAUGGAAAGAGACAAUCAGACCUCAACACUCUGCAGAUACUGAAACCUGGAGACAGAUACCCCUCCCUUAUUUCUUUCUGUGUGCCGUAUGUUUUGUGUACUGUGAUUCCUUUGAGUUGUGUUCCCCCUCUCAUGAAUAAAUAUGCCAGGUGCCCUGCCCAAAACAAUCCCCGCUGCACACAACGCAGGUUCUGUUCAGUGUCUGCCCGUCUUUGCCUUUUGUUCACCAGAAGUCGGGAGCUCUCCAGAAGUUUGAAAAUUAGUUUGUAUUCAAGUAAAAUUGUUACAGGGCACAAUGGUGUUUGCGGAGACAUAAUGUUAUGAGUACACAUGUCCAGACUAUGAAUGUAAAAUUGUACAUGGGGUGACGUCUUAAGUCUUUCCGAAUUCCUUGUUGUGUUCUCGCUCAGAAAUUGACGAGGAGGGAUGGCAGCUCGUGUCUGUCGUUCACACGUUGAAGAGGAGGCAAGAACAAUGUGCAUGGAAGAGGAAACGUGUCUUGAGGUCCCACCAUGGUAGCCCCCUCCCCACCCCAUCCCCACCCCUUCCCCAUGACCUCUCACCAUCCUGACUGCCAGCUAUUCGUAUGCAAGCCUCACCUUUUUAGAGAUGUAGCCCCGGCGUGCUCGUCUCCUCGGAGGGCUGUGUGAUUAUGUAUGAUGAUCAGUCGUGGCUCGUUUUCUGAAGGAUCGGUGGGAGGCAUUUGAUACUUUUCAUCCAGCUCAUUUUUAUGUGCAUUACCAGUUUAUUGUACACUGAGUGUUGUACAAUACAUGCAGCUUCAUGUUUAAAAAAUCCUUAAAGUAAGGAAAAUCUUUUGUAUUUUUGAUUUCAAAAGGCAUGUCAUAUCUACUUUUUAAAUGUAUUAAUGAAGAUUUAACUUUACUUCAGAUGGAGUGUUUUUUUUCUUUUUCUUACAAAUAUCUGUAUGUUUAGUUUAGCGCAAUGUUACUGAACUGUUAAACUUAGCAUGUAGAGAAUACAGCUUGCUUUGUGGGAAAGUCCUGAAUUAAAUUUUAAUCAUGGCACUUUUUCUGCAGAAAAGAGCAAUCGUGUUAAUUAAUUUUUUUUUUUUCAAUAUCCGUUAAGCCAUUUUACUUGCAAGAAUUGCUAUUUGUGCUGAAGAUGUAUUUAAAAUGUUUUAAGACAUCUUUGUUAGCCACCAGGCUACAUGCUAUUGUAAAGUGUAUAUACAGUUACAUUGAAUUUCUGAAACAAAGUUUUAAAGUUAAAAACC